CCGGUUAACCUCCAUGAUAAAAUCACUCUCUCACUCCGAUACAGGAAAAAAAAAGAGAGAAAAAUUAGAGCAAAAUUGAACAUCCUUGACUUCAGGCGCCGCCGCCCCGCCGGUGUUCAGCCGCUUUACUCUAUUCACUUGCAUCCAACACCACACCUCAAUUUUAGUGGCGUCUAGCUUGAAGAACCAAUUUCUCAUAUUUGAUUUCUUACAAAAAAAUUAAGUAUGUCCAUGAUGCUCCAAGUUGCAAAGACUUGCUAUCAAUAUCUUGAGCUUAACAUGUAGUGCUUCCGGGUUUGAGCGCAAUUGGAGUGUUUUCGAGCAAGUUAAAUAUAACCAAAAAAAUUGUCUGAAAGACGCGAUAUUAAAGACAAAAUUGAUCCCAUUUCAUUCAACGACAUUGAUGAGUGUAACGAAUGGUUGGUUGGAGAAUUAAAUGAUGUUGAAGUUGUAAACACGACAAUGAUUUGGUUUUUGAUGGUGGUACACUAGACCGGGAAACUGCUUAUGAGGCUUAGGGUUCAGCAAUUGGAGAGUCUACGACAUAUAGUAGGUCAAAAACAUGAAAAGAGUUUUUCACAUCAUCUAGUUUUGUUCGAGGUUCUAAGAAAGACACAAGGACCGCAGCUGCUGCCACAUCAAGAAAAGGAAAAGAAAAAUUGCUGACUUUGGUUGUAGAAAGUAUUCAUGAAGAAGAAUUAAAGCAAGAGCUUGAGCAAGAAGAAGAGGAAGAAGCAUUUGAAGGCGAUGAGGAUGACUAUGUUGCGCUUGAAAUGUUGUUAUGUAUAGACUGCUUGACGUCCGACGCGUGUGGCCACCUCCAUCAGCCACCCUUAUCUAUUCAAAUGAAGGAACAGAAGUGAAGACAAUCAGGGAGAAAUCUUUCAACGCGAAAGUCACAAAAUUUCUAGAGCAUCAUCAAUUACUGACUUUGGAAUGCCAUUCAAAAAUCUUUUCCCAAAUAAUCAAUUUGUUAUCCUUAAGCAACUACCUGAAUCAUCCCUGCCGCUGCUAAGUCUUCAGAGAAGAUUCAGUUGUUCGUCGCAAUCUGAUUUUUCCAACUGGGUUCAACACAACCAAUUGUUUCAAAGGCACCCCAGGUUGCAACUUUUUGAGAAAGGAUGGAUGAAAACACUUCAUCAUCUCAAGCAAUUUGUUGCUUACGUAUUUGUAACGGGUCUUCACCGCAACCCCUUCAUCAUGAGUCGCAUACUCUAUUUGAACUUGGUUGAGUCAGAAGAAUGUAACCUUAUCGAAAAUUCAGAGUUUGGAAUUCAGAUCUUCAGUAGGAUCGAAAGACCCAAUAUUUUUUCAUGGAAUACACUAAUUAGAUUCUUCGCCGGGUUAGAUCCCAUGAUUGCUCUGCAUUAUUACACGAAAAUGGUUAGAGAGAGAAUACUCCCCGACAGAUAUACAUUCACAUUCUUACUCCAGGCUGGUGGGUCUAGUUUGGAUCUGUUUUUUGUGAAACAAGUUCAUUGCCAUGCUCUGAAAUUUGGUUUCGAUCACAAUUUGUAUGUUCAGAAUUCCGUACUCAGUGCCUAUGCAAUUCGGGACUCGGCAAUGGAUGCACGGAGUGUGUUCGAUGAAAUGUCGAACAAAGAUGUCGUUACAUGGACGAGCUUGAUAUCAGGGCUCGUCGCGCAUUCCAAUUACUUGGAAGCACUUCUAGUUUUCAAAGAUUUGAUGGCCGAUGACUGCCAACCACAUCCAAAUGUUGUCACCACCAUCUCUGCAAUGUCAGCUUGUGGUGGUCUAGGAUAUGCAAAUCUUACUAAAUGCUUCCACGCUUUAUUAGAGAAGGCUGGAUGGAUCGAAACUGACGUUUCUAUUUCUAAUUCCCUGAUUGACGCCUAUGCAAAAUGUGGAGAUUUAAGUAACGCAACUAGAGUUUUCGACCAAAUUCAGAAUGUGAAGAAGGAUUUGUAUUCUUGGACAGCCGUUAUCACAGCAUACGGUAUGCAUGGCCAAGGACUAGACGCACUGUGUGUGUUCUCUCAAAUGGAUCCACUCCGCGGACUUGCACCCGAUGCUGUGACCCUUGUCGCGAUUCUUUCAGCAUGUGCACACUCUGGCCUGCUCGACCAAGGUUUGUGCAUUUUUGAGUUGAUGUGGAGAAGGUACAAAAUUAAGCCUGACCUUCGUCACUAUGGAUGCAUUGUUGAUCUCUUGGGAAGAGCUGGGAUGAUUAAACGAGCUUAUAGUGUUGUUGAGAGCAUGCCGAUGGAGCCUAAUCUGGCUGUAUUGGGAUCUUUACUGAGUAGUUGUAGGCUUCACAAUGAGUUGCAGUUUGGUGAAGCUGUUUUAAGAAAGAUUGAGCUUUUGAAAGAGAGAGGAGGAGCGUCAGUGCUCAUAUCUAAUAUGUAUGCUAGUAAGAAUGAGUGGGAUAGAGUGGUUAGCGUAAGGAACAACAUGAGAGAGAGAAUGAAAGGAAAGAUUCCUGGUAGAAGUUGGAUUCAGGUUAAAGAUGAAGUUCAUGAGUUUGUAGCAAGAAAUGAUGUUGAUCCACAGCUGCACAUGGUACUUCGGAGUUUGGAAAAGCUCUCUACACUGUUGUAAGCGUUUUAGUAAUGUCCUCAAUUCGAUUACAAUUUUGUAAGGCAAUAAAACAUCUAGUUCAGACCAGCCAUUUACCAGCAAUUUAGUUGCCGUUGAAAUAUUUGUGUAUAGUGAACCAAAUAGUAGGCAUUCUUUUCUGUUUUACUUUCAAGCUGAUUGAAUGUGUAAUUAUGUAUACCAACUUAAAGAAUGGGCUAUUUGAUAGCUGAAUUCAUGUUCAAAAUUUUACAUUCAUUAUCACA